AUGGCACCGUUAGAGAGAGGAGAUCGGAUCGUCAUAAGAUAUUAUGACUACUUGCAAAAUUUAACCGUUAUCAAAGUAAAUGACAAGAAUCGUGAACAGCCCGAAGAGUAUCGCGUUAAACUUCAAGGAAUAAGUGGAGAAUUUUUUGACACGUCCUCGAUGAAUAUCCUUACCAAUGUCAUCAAAAAGAAAGAAAUAUUUAACAUCGCACUCAUUGACAAAAAUGAACUCGUAUUAACACAUUCAACAUCUAAACAAUGUCUCAACACUCAGAUUUGGAAUGCUGAGAAUUUGAAACCCAAAAACGUCGGCAAUAAAUAUGAGAAGACUUAUGCAAAGAAGAACGCAUAUAAACCUGGACUUAAGCCGAACAAUUACGCAACAUAUAAUGCCAAACGUUAUACGGCCCAAGAUAGACUUAUGAAAUACCGUAAAACUGAGGAGCUACAAAUCGUUCAUCAAACUAAUAAAUUCAAACAGCCCGAAAAUAGACAACUGUACAACACCGAUAAUACACGUUAUUCAGCUCAAGACCGACUUAAAAAAUACAAGAACAUCGUUACUUCAAAAGAACCGCAGCUUAAACAAUAUGACAUUAAGACCACAGAUAUGAACCGAUUUGAAAUUGAAGAAAAAUGUUGCAAAGAACAAAAUCUCAGCACCGACAUAACAGAAGACCCAUGUACUAAGAAACGUACAUUAAAACUAGGCGAGACGCAAAAAAUAAUGAUAGUUCAAAAACGAACGAAGACAUGUUAUCUGGUACACACGAUGGAGAGUAGAAAGUCGGUAAUCACCUUGUGUGAUAAACUACGAAAAAUUGAAAAUAACUUAAAACGUAUCGAGAAAGUUGAGAAGUAUGACAUGUGCUUGAUAUUUUUUGGCGCUGAAUGGUACCGUGGGAAAAUUAUGGACGAGACGAACGAUGGUAUGUUGAAAAUUUACUUGAUUGACACAGCACAAGUGAUGUUCUUUAAUCGAAAAGAAGUCUACGAGAUGCCAAAGCAUUUCGAAGGAGAGUCAUUAUUAAUUGAAAUCGUCGUAACACCUCCGCCAAAUGAAAUGCUGACUACUGUUUUUGCUAACGUAGAAGCAAUAAAAACUAUUGGACCGAGUACGGUGCCUUCAUCGUGUAUUUCAUAUCCUAACCAACCUGUUAAUUAUCCUGUUGUUGAUACAUCAUUGUUUAUUCCAUUGCAUAGAUGUACAAUUUUGUCAAAACUUACAGUCUCGAUUUCUUCAGAUGUCAACGUUAUUGGUUCAGCCAAUAGUUUAUUUCGUCCAUUCUUCAAGUUAGACAUUCUAAGAUCAGAUCCAUUGGUGGUUAUCGGGAUGUGUGAUGGCUUACGGGGACUUAGCCCUUUUGAAAUAAUUAUUCGUAAUUGA